AUGGCGACUGUUGCUACCGCAACGAUUUUCAUGGCGUAUAAUAUCCAUCACAAUGUGUAUGCACUUGAGCCACCAGGCACUGGCGAUCAGAUUUGCCAGGCUAUCAUGCAAAAUGAUUUUCGACAGUUGAAAAGACUUGCAGAUGAUCCAAAUUUCAGUCCAAAUGUGUAUCAUCAAUACGGUUGGACACCAUUGCAAGUUGCUGUGAUACAGGAUAAUGAAGCCAUGGUCAAAUUCCUGCUGGAUAAAGGUGCAGAUCCUAAUCUUGAGGAUCACUACUAUCCAAGGUCGCAUCAAGCAGCGAAUGUUCGUCAGGUUGACUUUUCUGAGGACCUACUGCCGUAUCGUGACUAUAGAGAGUACACGGCUUUGCAUUAUGCAGUUAUUAUCUGCAAUCCAAGAAUCGUCAAACUGCUUCUGGAUCAUAUGGCUGACCCUUUGGCUCGCAAUUCUCAUGGCCUUACUCCUCGUGAAUAUCUCUAUUAUGUGGAACGAUUUACAGGAGAGCAGAAUAUAGAGAUAGAUGGUUUAUUGCGCUCUAAAGAAAGGUCAUAUCCAGCUGACAAGGCUGCUCAUGAUGAACGACAGCGAAAAGCACAAUUACAGCGAGAAAAAGAAUAUCGCAAAAAACACCCUCUGGAAGAUGCGCUCAAGGCUAAAAUUGUUGGUCAACUAGGGCCUUUACAUGCACUAGCAAGCGCCAUUCGUCGAAAACAAAAUGGGUGGCAUGAUGAAGACCAUCCUUUAGUAUUCAUGUUCUGUGGCUCUUCUGGUGUUGGUAAAACCGAACUUGCUAAAGCUCUUGCCAGUUACCUGCAUGGAAAGCAAAUGGACAAGGGAUUCAUCCGUAUCGAUAUGAGCGAGUUUCAGCAUAAGCAUGAUGUUUCCCGGUUCAUCGGAUCGCCACCUGGUUAUGUCGGUUAUGAUGAAGGAGGGCAGUUGACCGAGAAAUUAAAGGAGUGUCCAAAUGCUGUUGUGCUCUUGGAUGAAGUGGAAAAGGCUCAUCCAGAUGUGCUUACAAUCAUGCUACAGCUAUUUGAUGAGGGACGUAUAACCGAUGGGAAAGGAACGACUGUGGAGUGCAAGGAUGCAAUUUUUGUAAUGACUUCAAAUCUUGCACAACAUGAAAUCGCCGACGAGGCUGAACUAUUGCGUCUCGAAGCCUCUGUAUCCAACGAUGCACAAACUACUGGCACUGCGACAGCGGCGUCUUCUGGUGCACAUGAAACAACCACUGGUCAUAAUGACAAUGACCAACACGAAGAACUUGCUGAUGACGGAGAGAUAUCUUUAUCAAGGCAGUUCAUCGAAAGAACAAUCUAUCCGAUCCUUUAUGAACAUUUCAAACGCGAUGAGUUCCUCGGUCGUAUCAACGAAGUAUUAUUCUUCCUUCCUUUCAGUGAGGAUGAACUACGUGAGAUAACCUCCCGAGAGCUACGACGAUGGGCAGACAAAGCACGUGUCCGCCAUGGCAUCACCAUGACGUGGGACCCCGAUGUUGUGGAUGUAUUGGCUGAAGGAUAUAACAUACGUUACGGUGCACGAAGCAUAAAGUACGAAGUGGAACGCAAAGUAGUGAACUUGAUUGCAAAGGCGAACGAAAACGACGAGGUCAUGGAUGGCGGCCGUGUACAUGUAAUUGUUGAUAAGACGGUUGGCAAUAAGCGGCGUUUAUGCAAAUUAGAGAUUCCCGAACGUGGUGGCGAUGAUAGAAAGCCAGCCAGUGGAGGUUGGUUCGGCAGUAAAAAGUAA